AUGUGUAUCAAUUGGCCUUGUAAGCACGAAGCAAGAUAUUCAACAAGUGAUCAAAACUCCAAAAUAACAGCAAGCAGCAUCCCCUCCUGCCUUCCCCUUAUAUCCACGGACACUCGUAAUGUAAGUUGCCAGACAGUAGUGUCAUCCCUUGUCCCCUGUGAUGCCUGUGCUCAGGUCCAGUCCAGUUUGAGGGAGACUGGUGAUGCUCUUGUGGAGCUGUGUCGGAGCGAGGGCCUUCCCUCCUCUCUGCAGCGCCUUCUGGUGGCUGUGGAUGACACCCUGGAGCAGGGCCGUCUGACUGCAGGAGAUGUGUCCCAGUGGUCCAUAGAGCAGCGCAGGGACAUGGGCCGGGUGGGUAAGCAUCUGCUGGAGGUGCGGUCCACAGUGCAGCCUCUCAGAAACAGCCUUCAGGCAGCGGAAAGGGAACGGGAGGAGUUCAGGGCUCAGCUGGGUAGGGCACAAGAGGAACUGAAGCAUGAAAGGGCAACACACCAAGCCAGCAAAAAACAGCUGGAGCAAAGACUGCAGGAGGCCCAGGUAUCUAGGGAGGAGACAGAGAGGAGACUGCAGGAAGAACUUGAGGAACUAAGGAGAGGAACCGUGUCCCUGGAGGAUAGCAACUCCAAACUGAAGGCAGGGAUUAGUUUGCAAAAAGAAAGGUUACACAAACUUGAGUGUGAGAGAGAUGAGCUACAUCAGGAAGUGAAGACCAUGCAGGUAGAGGAAGAGGCACGGAGUAAAUUAGAGGAGAAGACACAAGUGCUGGAGGCUCAACUGUCCACUACUCAGCUCUUACUUGACAAGGAGAAAUCCAAGUACCAGAAUGCUUGUCGCCAACAGGAGUCACUGCAGGCCAAGCAGAGGUCUCUGCUGGAGCGAGUGGAUGCUCUGGACCAGGAGUGUGAGGAGCUUCAGGGACAGUUAGGGAAGAGUGAGGACCGACAGACAGACCUACAGGAACGACUGACACACAUCUCAGAGGAGAAGGACCAACUUGAAACCCAGCUCACCCAAGAACAGGCCUUGUGUUCUGAGCUUCAGCAGGAGAAGCAGAGACUGGAGAGUCACGUGGGUGAGCUGAAAGACAGUGUGAAUCAGUUGAGAGGAGAGGUGCAGGAGUUAGCCCAGAGGGAGAGGCUGAUGGUGGCUUUCCCGGAGCUCACCCCCCUGCCUCAGGGAUCUCCACAGAGCACAGGGGAUGUGUUGGGGGAUAUGGAGCAGCAGUUUCAGGCUAACUAUGUUCGGAUUAGGGUUCUGGAGCAGGAGAAUAGCACCCUGCACAGUAGCCUGGUGAAACUGAGGGAUAUAUCCCAACUAGGGGCCUCCAUGGUGGAGUCCAAGAUUACCUGCCCCAGCAGCUGUGGAUUCACCCAGUCUCUGCCUGACACACCCAGAGAGAGCCAGCUAAAACCCACCCCCUAUGUACAAAACAGCCCUCUUCAGACCUCCAGUGCAGGAUUGUUGAAAUAUGGAGUGAGGAAGAAGGGAGCAGAUGAAGGGGCCGUCCCUAUGGAGAUGAGGCCUCGGGAUCACUUGUCCACCGCUACCUCGUCAUUCUCUGCCACCUCCACUACAUCUCUGGUGCACCAGCAGACCCUCCGACUCUCCCCUGAUACCAGUGCAGCCAGAACCUACACAAGGAUACCCCAGGCAUCCAGAACCCGCUCUGUUUGCAUGCACACGAGGAAGAAGUGAAUCCAGCACUUGGUGAUCAACCUCAUGGUGACAAUUUUUGGAGCAUAACAAUGCUCAAAGAGGCGGGGGCUGAAAGAGGCUGUUGUUUGAAGUGUAUCUCAGGCAUCUCCAUAAGGAGACUGUGAUAAGACACAGAUUAUUUGAGCAGAGAAACAAUACAUCUAAGCUACAGAGUUCAGGAUCUUUGUCAACAUUGAUCUGGCUUGAAGUCACUAUUUACCAGAAAAUUAAUUUGCAUUCAUACACAAUACAACUGUGGUGUCAUGUUUUUUAUUUCUUGAACUGUGUUAAUCAUUUGUGGAUCAUCUGGAACUACCCACAACUUUUUUGCAAAAAUAAAAUAUGGGUGAAGUAGACAAUUUUCUACUUUUUCGGCA